AUGAGAGGUCACAAAAUACAAUGGAUUAUCGGCAUCACGUUAGCAGUUGGCUUGGCGGCCAGUUCGGGGGACAAGCGGCCUCACUUCGCGGUGGAGCCACCGUCGCGGGUCCUGUGGCCUUCGACUCGUGGCGCGUACGCGACCUGCCGAGCUAUUGGACAUCCUACACCAGAGGUUCACUGGGUCACCGCUGAAGGCCAAGUCAUUACUACGAUACCUGGAUUAAGGCAUGUUUUAAGCGAUGGUCGGUUGGUGGUGGGCGCACGGCGUUCUUUAGUCGACGCGGGGGGCGGUGGAAGCAGCGCGGUGCUCAGAUGUAAAGCCUCUAACCGCGCUGGAGUUACACUAUCUAGACCGAUGCUCUUACAACCAGUGGAAGAUAACGUGCUAUCACAUUUAGUGCGUCAACUGACUCCAGCGAAAAUCGGUGGUUCAGUGGUACUUCGUUGUGAAGUGUCACCGCAGUUCGGGCUCGCCGAUAUUACGUGGCUUCAAGAUGGUCUGCCUCUGUCCUCGAGUUAUAUGGGGGCUGAAACACGGUGGAUAUCCGGCGCGGGCGGGCUGUUACUUGGCUCGGACCUAACGCAGGCGGACGUACAAGCUGAAUAUUCGUGUUUGGCGCUCGACACGCCAAGCCCUACGCUUAAACUGACGACAGAUGACAGCACUUGGCUUGAAAACAUCGAAGUCAAUUCAAUAGAAGCUCGAGCUGGAGAUACAGUUUUACUUCCGUGUAUUUUAAGACAUAUCAAUAAACAUACUAUAACUUGGCAGCGACAGGAAGCAAACGGAGUGUGGGUAUCUGCAGGAGAGGGGAUCGUACGGGGAGGUACGCUUGUGUUGCCGAGUGUACGUACCCAUCAUGCUGUACGCUAUGCGUGCUCGCCAGGAACGGAGUCAUCUCACCGGGUUAUAGUACGACUGGUCGUGUUUGAACCGCUAACAGUUACCGUUACACCAAAUCCUUUGAUGUUGGGUACUGGAGGAACUGGUCAUUUUAAUUGCUCAGUACAUGGUGGUAGAGGUGGUGGGGUCACACUUAGUUGGCAACAUGAAGGUCGCCCUUUACAUUCCCCGCAAGCUCGACUGGCCGUAGGUCCCGUUCGACCACAUCAUGUUGGCCUUUAUCAGUGCACUGCAUAUGACCAUUCGGAUUCCGCUGUGGCUGGCGCCGAACUUGUUAUAGCUGACAGACCGCCGAGGCUGAUGUCAACGUUCAGUGAAGCAAUAACACGGGUAGGUCAGACUAUAGCGUUUAGAUGUGCUGCUACCGGUAUACCCUCACCUAGAAUAAUUUGGACGUUGGAUGAUAGACCUUUACCUUCUGCUCCUGAAAAGUAUAGUGUAAAUACUAGAGCUGAAACGUUAAAUGGAGGUGAUGAAGGAACAAUAGUAUCUACUCUGAGUAUAACGAUCAGGAGUGCAGAUGAGGGAGGCCGGUACGGUUGCAAUGCUACUAAUACGGGUGGCUCUCAUGCGCACCAUGCAAGAUUAAACGUUUUCGGACCUCCAAAUAUAAGAUAUUUACCACCAAUUCAUGUGAAGACAGAUAUAGAUGUGACAAUUUACUGUCCUUAUUCAGGAUAUCCCUUAAAGGAAGUAGUUUGGAAACGUGAAGACGGUUCACUAAUAGAGUCGCCUCUAGAAAGCAACGAUGAACGCGGUAUGUUGAGACUGACGGCAAUCAGAAGCGCUAUAGCGGGAAGUUACACUUGCGAAGUGAGGGCCGAGAGUGGGGAACUCGCAAGACGAACUGUUAGAAUAGAAGUACAUAAACCCCCAAAAAUAGCGCCAUUUCAAUUCCCUGAAGAGCUCGAAGUCGGAGGUAGCACACAAGCUACUUGCAGUUUAGUUUCAGGAGACAAGCCAAUACAAUUCUCUUGGUUAAAGGACAACUUACCAAUCCCUUCUACUCUAAAGGUGGAACAGAAAAAUAUGGAUUUUUUUACAAUAUUAGUAAUUCAAGAUUUGAACUCGAUGCAUAGCGGCGAAUACUCUUGCAAAGCGACUAACGAUUUUGGAACUGUCAGUCAUAGCGCUUCUUUAAUUGUUAAAGAGACUCCCACGUGGGUGUGGCGUCCUCAGAACACGUCGGUGUCGGCCGGCGCCGCCGUACUGCUGCCUUGCUCAGCCAAGGGCCAACCCAUGCCCAGGAUAUCGUGGGAAUUUUCUACAGAAGGUGAGAACUGGCGACAUAUACUAUGGGGACAGUCAGAUGCAGUGGACAGCGAGGGUUCCAUCUUGUCGGAUGGUACUGUAUGGCUGCGUGCCGCCUCGCCCGAGCACGAGGGCUGGUACCGUUGUACUGCUAGAGUUCAACACUCUGUCCUUCAUCAUUCAUUCUUUCUCGAUAUAAGAGAACCGCCAAAAUUGACAAGAGGAGGUGGGUCUGGCGAGACUCGAUGGGUGGUGCGAGGAUCUGUCGCUCGUCUCACGUGUACCGUGCGAGGCGAACCUGAAAUACAUGUCCAUUGGACCCAUGAUUCCAGACCUUUGGCUUUACAUGGCUCAGGUGGCGUAGAGAUGCGGGACUUAGGCAAUGGGGCCAUGACUUCAGAAAUAACGAUCUCGCAUGCAGGUCCUGAACACGCGGGCGAUUACCGUUGUAUGGCGAGGAAUUUGUAUGGUAGCGACGAAUUAAUGUUUCGACUGUUUGUUAAAGAACGCCCAAGCACGCCAGAAGAGAUGCGAAUAUCAGAGGUGUGGUCUCGCAAAGCGCGUGUGACCUGGCGAGUGGCGCGUGGCGCGUUCGUGUCGCACUACUCCCUACAAUACAGGCCCCUGACGCGCGAUCUCACUAACGCCCCGCUUAACGCGCCGCUACCCGCUCUACUAGACACUUGGGACUCAGCUGAUGUUAUGAACAUAACUUUAGCAAAUUCUGAUUUGCUGCAUGUUGCUACUGAAGGGCCAAGUCGUGCGGGUGCAUCAAUAUCUGGGCUGUCUCCUGACACACGAUAUGUGCUUCGAUUGGCCGCAUUUAAUGACGUCGGUGCUUCACCUUAUACUCCGCCAUUGCAUUUUACUACACGCGAAGAAGCGCCCGGAGGUGUACCGCGUGACAUCACAGUACGAGCACUUCGCGCUCGAGAGCUUCAAGUUACAUGGCAGCAACCACCACGUGAAUCUUGGCACGGGACGCUCUUGGGAUACACAAUACGGUGGUGGGAGGCGUCUGAAGAAGGGAAGACUAGCGAAGCAGGGUCAGAGAGCGGGGCGAGCGCGGACGCAACAAGUACUACGUUGAGAGGCUUAAAGGCUGCUACGAGAUAUGGUGUCACUGUAAGAACAUACAAUGCCGCUGGCACAGGACCAUUUUCGCCACCCCAUUAUAGGCACACUUUGGAAUCACCGCCAACCGCCGGACCUGAAGACCUGUCUUGCAUAUCGAGUGGUUCCACAUCAUUGCGAGUGUCAUGGCGUCCUCCAAACAUAGACGCGCGAGGAGGACAAAUAACACACUAUACUUUGCAAUAUACGAAACGAGAUUCAGAUCCAUUACAACCAACACAAGAUGCACAUUUACGGGUUCAAGGUGAAGAAACAACGGUAUCCCGCUUAACAUCUUAUGCUGAGUACGAGAUUAGAGUGAGAGCACACAAUGCUGCGGGCGAUGGGCCGCUAUCAGCACCUCAAGUGUGCAAGACUGAUGAAGACGUACCAAGUUCUCCUGGCGGUAUGAAGCUGAUCGCGCUAAGCGAGCGCUCGUUACGCGCGUCAUGGCUCCCUCCGCUAGAGCCUAACGGGCGACUUACUCAUUACUCACUGUAUGUGAAAGACUUAUCAGGAUCUCAAGAAGCUAAUAUCACCCGAGUAAACACAUGUACUGACGCUGAAGGAUCAGUAGAAUGUAUGAAGUCGUUACGCGGUCUCCGCGCGGGGCGCACUUACGAAGCGUGGGUGCGAGCUGCUACGAGCGUGGGGGAAGGGCCGCCGUCAUCUGUUGUGGCUUGUCAGACUAGUGCUUUAGCCCCCGCCCGUAUCUCUUCAUUUGGAGGAGUAUCAGUAGGCGCUGCGGGAGGGUCUUUAUCACUACGGUGUGUCGUCGGAGGCGUUCCACCGCCGGCAAAGAGAUGGCUACGAGGCGGGAAUCCUUUACACCCUCGAUCACCUUUUCAUUUGGACGGAGACGCACUUUUAAUACGAAGUUUAGAACUAUCUCAUGCAGAUAAUUAUACAUGUGUAGCGGAAAAUCCACAUGGUUCUGAUUCUGUAACUUGGAGGGUUUAUGUAUUAAGACCUCCAACACCUCCCGGAUUAGCUUUGUUGGAAGCCAGAUCUAGGGAGUUGGAACUGGAUCUCCGACCAGCUCCAAGGGCCCAGGGUCAUGCGUUACCUAAAGUGUAUACACUGCAUUGGAGGCUUGCUGCUCCUGAGGGAGAAUGGCGAAUCCAAUCAGCUAGCCCCGGACCGGUAACACUAACAGGACUUCGCUGUGGGUCAGCAUAUAGAGCAUAUGGAUCUGCGGGUGGAGCUCCGGGAGCAGAAAUAUCUAUUAGGACUUCCGGGGGUCCCCCUACAGCGCCAUCAGAUAACAGAUGGAUUAGAACAAACGCGACGUAUGCACGAUUUGAUACAAGCAUGUGGUCUGAUGGUGGAUGUGGGCCAAUGACUUUGAAGCUGGAGUGGAGUGGUACUGGUGCGGCCGGGGCUAGGGAUGUGCCUGUCGGUGGAGAAGUUAUAUUGGGAGGUCUUGCAUCCGGCACAAGAUACCGCGUGUCAGCCCGAGCUACAAACGAAGCGGGGUGGACGCGGGAGAUAUACGAAUUCACAACGACGCUCGCUGAAGGCAGCUACGCGGAAGAGGUGGACGCGCCCUUCCCAGCCACUGCGGGGGAGUUGGCCUUGCUACUGGCCUUGUGCGCAGCUUUGAGUCUCGCUGCUUUGACUAUAUUGGCUAUUUUGUUGAGGAGAAAAAGAAGCGACGGAGCAGUAGCUCGUGUAAUCACUAGCGGCGACAAGCCCGGCUGCGGCACGUACCGGCCGCCCCCACACCCGACGCCGAAGUUGCCUCCUGAUCCACCAGACGUGUACGAAAUAAGUCCAUACGCAACGUUUGCGGGGGGCGAUGCUCUGGCAGGCAGCGGGUCGCGCGCCUACACGCUGCAACUACGAGCACUCGCGCGCCACGAGGACGACGCCGCGCCGCCCACGCACCCACCGUGCUGCGAUGAGGAAACCUGUGUGGACGCUUGCGAAGCUCAACGCCGACGACGACGACGACGACACUACUGCCCAGAUCAUGCAGGUUGCUCACAAGACUCCGGAAGU